UGUCUGUCAGAGUCCAGUAGUCACCUGUGUGUGUGUGAGUGUGUUGAUGAUGAUCUCUAGAGGUGAGUUAGUGCGUAGAUAAUGAUUUCACUGUAGGCUUUGUUUCAGUACAGUUUAUGAGAAGCGACUGUAUUGUAGGAAGACUCCAUGUCUGAGAAAAUGAAAGCUGAAGGCACCUCGGGCUCAGAAGAGGUGGACAGAGCUGAAGAGGACCCUCCACGGAAAGAUGGAGAGUCUGGCCUCACAGUGGAGACAGAGGUCCUGAGCUUGCGGCGGACAGUCACACUGCUAGGCGCCAUCAGCUUCAAUGUUGGCACAAUGAUCGGCUCUGGAAUCUUUAUCACACCAACCUCAGUCCUCCGGAACACUGGAUCAGUUGGUCUGGACCUCAUCGUCUGGUCACUAGGUGGCGUUUUGUCUCUGUUAGGCUCGCUGACGGUGUCAGAACUGGCCUGCCGAGUACCCAAGCAUGGAGGACUCUACGCCUACAUCAGGGAGGGCUUCGGGUCGUGGCUGGCAUUUUUGUUGGCAUACAAGGAGGUACUCUUUGACAAUCCAUCUGGCCUUGCGGUCAAAUCUCUGACAUUCUCGCGAUACUUUGUCAAAACCUUUGACCUGUGUGGAACUCCGCAGACUCUUGUCUCAUUGGUUGCAGUGACCUUGAUUGUAACCCUUUGCGUGCUGAACAUUACGAGCAACAGGGCCUCGGUGCUUGUCAACAUCGCUUUCCUGUGUGCGAAGGUGCUGGCCCUCUUGAUUAUCAUCUGUGGGGGAUUAUACUGGCUGGCGACAGGUAAAGUGGGGACCUCGGACCUGUCUAAGAGUUUUGAGGGGACAGUACAGAACCCUGCUUCCAUCGCGAUAUCCUUCUACUUCGUGAUGUUUUCCUACAGCGGAUGGGAUGGGGCCAACAAUAUUGUAGAAGAAGUGAAGAAUCCAAAGAGGAACGUACCCCUUGCCAGCCUGCUGAGUGUCGCCAUUGUUACCUGUAUUUAUGUCUUGACCAACGUCUCUUACCUGGCCGUUAUGUCUCGCCAGGAGAUGCUGUCCAGCGACACGGUUGCCAUGACGUGGGGGGAAAAGGUUCUGGGUGGAGGCAUCGCCUCUCUGAUCAUUCCAAUAUGUGUCAUGAUUUCUACAUCCGGCAGUUCCAACUCUGGAAUCUUCUCUGGGCCAAGACAGAUCUUCUCUGCUGCACGUGACGGCAAUCUGCCGGAAGUACUGUCGUAUGUUCACGUGACCAGAUACACACCAAUCCCUGCUACUUUCUUGGUGGUUUCUAUUGCAAUCCUCUUCGUCUGUCAGUCGGAUAUUGUGACUCUCAUCAGGUUUGUCGGUCUGGCCAACUGGUUCUUCUAUUUCUUGUGCGCUGCCUCCCUCAUAAUUAUUAGAUUCCGACAAAGAGGGAAAGAUGAAGACAUUCCUUUCAAGCAACCUCUGCUAGUGCCAGUGCUGUUUCUGUUGUUGUCGUUGUACCUGACGGUGAUGCCUCAGGUGGGGGGAGUCACCAAGGACCUGCUCUACAUGUGUGUAGUGUUCGCCCUCGGCCUCGUCCUCUACGUGCUUUUCAAGAAGCUGAAAAACAGAACCAAUAUUUGCGAUGGACCAAUGAUAUUUCUACAGCAGCUGCUAAAAAUCGUCCCUCCUCCUCCUUACGUGGCUUCUGGUUGAUCUUCAGUUGCAUUAAUAAUAAUGGCGAUAACAAUAAACCUUUCAUGAUUAUUAAUAUUAUUACAAGCUGUUUAAAACGCUGUUAUGUUCGUUACCAUCAUAACGAUUAUUAAUGGACCAGUCUACUCACCACACACAAACCACACUUACAUGAGAGACCCAUUGUAUUAAGUAUUUCUUGAUACUACACCUGGGAGUUGGGAGAAAACCUCCAAUGUCCUACUUGAUAAGGUGUGAACUUCUUUGUAAUUCUGUGUCAACAUUCAACGCAUGAUACUGAAUAAUGCAGGUGUGAGCAAGGUGACACAUCUAUGAUCUACAUUCGCCCUUCAUCCCAGGUUUGUCAACAAGAAGUAUUUAUCAGGGAUUUGUAACUUUGUGGUUAGUUCGUUGGGUUGGUGUGGUUAGCUAGGACCAAAAGGCCAUGGAUUCAAUGAUUUUUUGAACCAGAGGUUGGCAAACCCCAACUGUCCAUCCAUCUGGUGUUCUAUUGGCAAAAAAGAACCUGAAGAAGAAGAGGGUCAGCAUCUAUUUUCAAAGUGCCUCUCUCUAGUCUCGGGGAACCUUACAAUACACUGCAUUGUACACCUUGCUACACCUUCACUUAUUUUGUAUGUUAGUACAUUCAUGACCCUUAUAACCACGUGUGUGUGUGUGUGUGACAUUACAAGCUAGCCCGAGUUAAGCAUGAAAUAAAAGUUGAAGGAAGUUAA